AUGUUGGCUGGAUGGUCCCCUCCUAAAGCCCUGACUGACUGGUCCCCUCCUGAAGCCCUGACUGGCUGGUCCCCUCCUAAAGCCCUGACUGACUGGUCCCCUCCUAAAGCCCUGACUGACUGGUCCCCUCCUAAAGCCCUGACUGACUGGUCCCCUCCUAAAGCCCUGACUGACUGGUCCCCUCCCAAAGCCCUGACUGACUGGUCCCCUCCUAAAGCCCUGACUGACUGGUCCCCUCCUAAAGCCCUGACUGGCUGGUCCCCUCCUAAAGCCCUGACUGGCAGGUCCCCUCCUAAAGAAUGGUCCCCUCCUAAAGCCCUGACUGGCUGGUCCCCUCCUAAAGCCCUGACUGGCUGGUCCCCUCCUAAAGCCCUGACUGGCUGGUGCCCUCCUAAAGCCCUGACUGGCUGGUCCCCUCCUAAAGCCUGGUCCCCUCCUAAAGCCCUGACUGGCUGGUCCCCUCCUAAAGCCCUGACUGUCUGGUCCCCUCCUAAAGCCCUGACUGGCUGGUCCCCUCCUAACGCCUGGUCCCCUCCUAAAGCCCUGACUGGCUGGUCCCCUCCUAAAGCCCUGACUGACUGGUCCCCUCCUAAAGCCCUGACUGACUGGUCCCCUCCUAAAGCCCUGACUGGCUGGUCCCCUCCUAAAGCCCUGACUGGCUGGUCCCCUCCUAAAGCCUGGUCCCCUCCUAAAGCCCUGACUGGCUUUCCCCUCCUAAAGCCUGCCCUGACUGGCUGGUCCCCUCCUAAAGCCCUGACUGACUGGUCCCCUCCUAAAGCCCUGACUGACUGGUCCCUUCCUAAAGCCCUGACUGACUGGUCCCCUCCUAAAGCCCUGACUGACUGGUCCCCUCCUAAAGCCCUGACUGACUGGUCCCCUCCUAAAGCCCUGACUGACUGGUCCCCUGCUAAAGCCCUGACUGACUGGUCCCCUCCUAAAGCCCUGACUGACUGGUCCCCUCCUAAAGCCCUGACUGCCUGGUCCCCUCCUAAAGCCCUGACUGGCUGGUCCCCUCCUAAAGCCCUGACUGGCUGGUCCCCUCCUAAAGCCCUGACUGACUGGUCCCCUCCUAAAGCCCUGACUGACUGGUCCCCUCCUAAAGCCCUGACUGACUGGUCCCCUCCUAAAGCCCUGACUGGCUGGUCCCCUCCUAAAGCCCUGACUGGCUGGUCCCCUCCUAAAGCCUGGUCCCCUCCUAAAGCCCUGACUGGCUUUCCCCUCCUAAAGCCUGCCCUGACUGGCUGGUCCCCUCCUAAAGCCCUGACUGACUGGUCCCCUCCUAAAGCCCUGACUGACUGGUCCCUUCCUAAAGCCCUGACUGACUGGUCCCCUCCUAAAGCCCUGACUGACUGGUCCCCUCCUAAAGCCCUGACUGACUGGUCCCCUCCUAAAGCCCUGACUGACUGGUCCCCUGCUAAAGCCCUGACUGACUGGUCCCCUCCUAAAGCCCUGACUGACUGGUCCCCUCCUAAAGCCCUGACUGACUGGUCCCCUCCUAAAGCCCUGACUGACUGGUCCCUUCCUAAAGCCCUGACUGACUGGUCCCCUCCUAAAGCCCUGACUGACUGGUCCCCUCCUAAAGCCCUGACUGACUGGUCCCCUCCCAAAGCCCUGACUGACUGGUCCCCUGCUAAAGCCCUGACUGACUGGUCCCCUCCUAAAGCCCUGACUGACUGGUCCCCUCCUAAAGCCCUGACUGACUGGUCCCCUCCUAAAGCCCUGACUGACUGGUCCCCUCCUAAAGCCCUGACUGACUGGUCCCCUCCUAAAGCCCUGACUGACUGGUCCCUUCCUAAAGCCCUGACUGGCUGUCUGGCUGGUUGCCUCGCGCCUCCUGGGUUAGAGCCAGUCAAGCCUGAAAUCAAUCACUCACAGCCUUCAAAGACUCCUGCCUGCCACGGAGAUCUGGAGAUACGCCUGGGUCUAAGGAGAUCUGGAGAUACGCCUGGGUCUAAGGAGAUCUGGAGAUACGCCUGGGUCCAAGGAGAUCUGGAGAUACGCCUGGGUCUAAGGAGAUCUGGAGAUACGCCUGGGUCUAAUGAGAUCUGGAGAUACGCCUGGGUCUAA